AUGGAGGGCUGCAUUUUGCUUCAUCCUUUUGUUCCUGGUGCAAUGUCUGAUUCGAGAGUCUUACAAACCCCUGCUGUGAUUUUUGACAAUGGAUCCGGGUCGUGUAAAGCUGGUAUCUCAGGAGAGCCUAUGCCAAGGUCAGUUGUCGCUUCAGUGAUUGGUCAUCCUAAAGCAAAAGUGGCUGGAGCUGGCCAGGACUACUGCAUUGGAGAAGGAGCCUUAUCCAAACGGGCUGGCUUAUUGUUGAAGUAUCCCAUUGAACGUGGCAUAGUGACCUCUUGGGAUGACAUGGAGAAGCUCUGGAGAUACAUCUAUAAGCAGGAGCUUGGGAUCAAUGCCAGCGAAAGGCCAGUUGUAAUGACGGAGCCGCCGAUGAACCCGCUUCAGAAUCGAGAGAAAAUGACCGAAUUGUUGUUUGAGCGUUUUAAGGUGCCGGCUCUGUAUCUGUCCGUCCAGGCUACGCUGGCACUGUACGCGUCAGCCCGUACUACUGGGUUGGUAAUGGACAGCGGGGAUGGAGUUACCCACACAGUCCCCAUCUAUGAAGGGCACUGCUUACCCCACGCUGCUUCCAGGCUGAAUGUCGCGGGCAGGGAUAUCACCGAAUACCUUGUGCGGGUCCUGUCGGCAGGUGGCCAGUUCUUCCUGAGCAGGGGCAAGAGAAAUGUUGCAAAGGACAUCAAGGAGAAGUUUUGCUAUGUAGCUUUGGACUGGAGUCAAGAAAUGAAGAGAAGGCCAGAGGAGGUCCUUCGAGAUUAUAAACUCCCAGAUGGAAAUACUGUCAGAAUUGGUCUUCAUCUUUGCAGAGCACCAGAAAUCCUUUUCAUGCCCAUCACCCUUGGCAUUGAUACACCGGGGAUUCACACCAUGAUUUCCAACAGCGUUAAGAAGUGUGAUCGGGAUAUUUGCCGCCAUCUCUAUGGGAAUGUGGUGCUGACCGGGGGCUCGUCCCUUCUCCAGGGACUAGAUGAGAGGGUCUUUAAAGAGAUAGAGCAGCAAGCCCCUAAAGGAGUUCCUGUUAGGAUUGUAGCAACUCCUCACAGGAGAUGCUCUGCGUGGAUGGGUGCCUCCAUUAUCAGUUAUCUGGCCUCCUUCGUGUCAAUGUGGGUCACUGCCGGGGAAUACGGGGAAUUUGGACCCCCUGUGGUCCACAGAAAGUGCUUUUAA